AUGAAUUACUGGUACUCGAAGUGGGCGUAUGCCGAAGUUGCGGCGGUUGAGGUGGACGGUAAAAAUAUCUCCAAGGCUCCAGCUGGCCAACACUGUUUCCCACCCAACGACUGCUGGGAAGUCGUCCCCAAAAAAUACAAUUUCUAUGUAACAGGACCUCUGAAGGGAGAUAAAGCGAUGGUAAAGUUGAAUCUCACCAAGGGAAAUCCAAUAACGCUGUUGUACAAGAAAGGCUCCGGUAGUUGCUCGUGCAAGACGGCAGGCAUUAAGGCUGAUUAUGUACAGGAAGUCAUUGAAUGUGAGAGUAUCCUUCACGGCGUUAUCGUUGAUCAGGAAAUAAAGGUACGUGUCUGCACGUAUGCUAUUGCUGCUGAAAUGUUUUUCUUGCAAAUUUAG